AUGACUGUUGCUACAAUACGUUUCUAUAGAAAUCGUCGCCUGCAAGUUGCUCGCGGGCCAAGACAUGCUUGGGUAUUUCCUCGUCCGCAGAACUGGUUCCAGGAACUUUUAAACAGCAGAGCUCUCAAUCGCUGGUGGAAGGAAAACUUCCGCCUGUCUCAGGCUACUUUUGAGUAUAUCUGUAGGCUGGUAGGGCCAGCAAUAGCGCGACAAAACGCUAGAAUGCGUGAUGCUAUUCCAGUUGAAAAGCGGGUGGCUGUGAGCUUGUGGCGUUUGGCGACUGGCGAAUGCUACUGCUCGAUGACUUUUAAAAAAAGCAGGAAAAUUGAAGGUUUCACUGAGAAGAGCAAGGUUCUGAAUGUUGUUGCAGCGAUUGACGGUAGUCACAUUCCUAUAAAAACACCAAAAGAGAAUCACAAGGACUACUUUAACAGGAAACAUUUUUACAGUUAUUUAGUACAAGGGAUUGUUGACUCUUCGGGACUCUUUUUAUCUGUUGCCACUGGGUUUCUCAUGGAACCUACCAUGGAUUUGGGGGUAACCGUAAUUCGCCCACUUGUGCUGGGAGAUUCAGCGUACAUAUUGAAGACCUGGCUUCUACCAGUUAUCAAAGAUAAUGGAGCCCUUAACCGAGACCAGAAGAAGUUCAAUAAGGAACUCUCUAAAGCACGAAUAGUUUCUGAGCAUGCGUUUGGUUUGUUAAAGGGUAGGUGGAGAGCACUACUGAAGCGCUUGGAUGAGGAUCAUUGGAGGAUCCCAAACACCAUCAUAGCAUGCUGUGUACUUCACAACAUUUGUAUUAUUCGAGGGGAAGAAUUUGAUGGAGAUGUCGAGGACGAUAGCAAUGAUGACGAUGAUGAUUACAAUGGAGUUCCCAGCCAGGCUGCAAAUGGUGUUCGACUGGCUGUAAUUGAAUUUGUAGCAAAUCAAUAA